AACCCCCUGGUCUCCAAAGAAGAGACCCAAGUCCACAACACACUGAUUUCGGGGCUGCCAAGCAGGAUUAGCAGCCACAGGGCUGGAGAGAAGUGCCAGUCAGCUGAGGAUGCUGCCGCCCCUCUGCUGCCGCUGCCCUCAGGGGCCGCCGCUGCCCUUCCCCUGGAGGGUGGCCUCGCCGGCCGCGACAGUGGGCAUAUACAGGAAGUGGCAGAAAUAAAGAAAAACAGCCUGUUGACUUUCCUUGCGUGGUGGUAUGAGGGGGCCUCCCAGGCCAGGGCAGUGUCCUUUUUAGGAGGGGAAGCCAGGGAGAUGUCCAAACGGCAGGAAGUCCUGCCCCUCCAACAGUCCACUUGCCGAGAUGAAACGCCCUGCAAGAAUUUCUAUUGGAAGACCUUCUCCUCCUGCAAAUAAAGCCCCACCCAUAAUUAC